AUCACAAUUCACAUCGUAAGCGGAGAUCUGAUGGCGCUGGAGUGGGUAGUGCUAGGGUACGCCGCGGCUGCAGAGGCGAUAAUGGUGAUCCUGCUAACGAUCCCUGGGCUGGACGCGCUGCGCAAGGGUCUGGUGGCGGUCACGCGGAACCUGCUGAAACCCUUCCUCUCGGUGGUCCCCUUUUGCCUGUUCCUUCUGAUGGACAUCUAUUGGAAAUACGAGACGCGCCCCACCUGCGACGGUGAGUCCUGCACCCCCUCCGAACACCUCCGCCACCAGAAAUCCAUCAUGAAGAGCCAGCGCAACCGCAACGCGCUCCUCAUCGCCUCCGCCCUCCUCUUCUACUGGCUCUUUUACUCCGUCACCAGCCUCGUCGUCAGGAUCGAGCAGUUGAACCAGCGCCUCGAACGCUUCAAGAAUCGCGAUUGAACAGAUGACUCCGUUAAUCAAUCCAUCCCUUUCGUUUCCUAUAUCAACCUUGCCUUUUCUUCUUCUGCUAGGAACCACCCACUUCUCUCUCUCUCUCUCUCUCUCUCUCUCUUUCUUUUUGUCUAAAUCCAUGUUUGAAUCAUGACGAUUAUUGAGUUUAUUUGCUUUUACUUUUACCAUUUCUUUCCUAUGCUAAACUAGGGUUUCUUUUGGGGAUUUUCUUAUUGUUGCGUUAAUCGUCGUCCUGGAUCCACCAUUUGGCUUAAUAGUUUCAGUUGUUCCCUC